ACCGUAGGGAGCGCGAUGCCAAUCCGUGAGUUACCUGCCAGGGGGAGAUAGGCUGCUGGAGAAGCAAAUGAGCUGCCGAGACAUUUUGCCGAGCGCUGGUGCCGUGGGACGGAGGGAAGUAGGGAAGCCCCGGUGAUGGGUCGGCAGCGCCACAAGCGAGCUUCCCGGCCGGGGAGGCGCGGCCCGCUCUGACCCCGCUCCCCGCCGCGUCCCCAGCGCUUACGCCGGGGGGGGCCGGGAGGGACGAUUGUGACACCGGAGGGAAUGUUUACUUGUGCAGAAGUCUUUCUCAUGUGGAAGCACGCUGCUCCCUAACUCCUGGCGUAGCAGACUCCAGUUCACCAACUUUGCAGCCGUACAGCACGUGUAACUCCUUGACAGGAUGGCAGACAAAAGAACAGCUGGUGCAAAGCAAUAGGGGAUUCAUAGCAAGGAGGAGGAAGGAAAAUCACAAACCUUUCACCCGACGACUGUCAGAGCAGCAGUUGCGACGGGACGAGCUGAAGCCACCAUGCGCAGGUCUAGCACCGAUGAGUCGACCUAUCACAGGAGCCCUUCCCUGGACAGCAAGGAUUACAGUUUCCCAAAUGGCGCCUUCCGUCGCUACAGCAGCAUGUAUGGUGGCCAGUUUGGGGCUGCCAGUAACUCUUUUUUUGGAUUCCACACCAAUCCAGGCCCUAAGGCCACCAAGGCUAAGUACACGUCCCCCAAGGGAAACAAGUACGUUGUCUUUUACCUGGAUCUCUCAUUUAUUUUUCUCCUAGAACUGAAGAGGUGCAGCAUGGCUCACAACUGCCUGCAGUGUAUCAAGUACCUAAUGUUUGUCUUCAACCUUCUCUUCUGGUUGGGAGGCUGUGGAAUCCUUGGAGUAGGCAUCUGGCUGGCUGUUACCCAAGGAAAUUUUGCCACCCUCUCCUCUUCUUUCCCGUCCCUGUCAGCUGCCAACCUACUGAUCGUCACAGGGACAUUUGUCAUGAUCAUUGGCUUCGUGGGCUGCAUAGGUGCCAUCAAAGAAAACAAGUGCCUCCUGCUGAGUUUUUUUAUCAUGCUGUUAAUUAUAUUUCUGUUGGAGCUCACUGUUGUGAUUCUGUUCUUCGUCUACAGCGACAAGAUUGACAAGUAUGCUCAGCGGGAUCUGAAGAAAGGGCUUCAUUUGUAUGGGACAGAUGGAAAUAUUGGCCUAACUAAUGCAUGGAGCAUCAUUCAAACAGAUUUCAGAUGCUGUGGAGUCUCCAACUACACUGACUGGUUUGAAGUGUACAAUGCAACCCGGGUGCCCGACUCCUGCUGCUUAGAGUUCAGUGAGAACUGCGGCCUCCACUCCCCGGGGACCUGGUGGAAAGCGCCUUGCUACGAAACAGUGAAAAUAUGGCUCCAGGAAAACUUAUUAGCAGUGGGAAUCUUUGGAUUGUGCACAGCUAUGGUGCAGAUUCUCGGACUCACCUUUGCAAUGACCAUGUAUUGUCAGGUAGUCAAGGCAGACACCUACUGUGCAUAGAUACCAUUCCCAGUCUUUCUGCUCCUCCUCCAAAGGACACAGGAGAAAUCUCCUUCAUGCUCAUUCAUCUGACUUUUUUUUUUCCCCUUUGUACUAUAAACUGUGUAUAAUGCUAUCUUUCUGAAGAUUUUGUGAAUCACCCCAUUUUACUGAAGGAGGAAGAAAAGAAAAAGUCAGUACUUGAACUGGCACAGGUAAGAAGCAGCCUUGUCUUUAAACAGAAAAAAACCUCCAAAGAGCAAUGGUUCCUCUUCCAUGGCCUUUGGCAAAGGAGGCUGUUUGAGGGGCUGAUCUGCAAACCAAUGAUAGGAAAAGAUUGCACUGAGGCAACCUCUGUGAAACCUGCCACGUUGCCUUCCUGCAUUUCACGGUCUGGAAGAGAGGGCACAGAAAAUGAGUAUUCUUCAGCAUGGGAAGAAGGUACAGAGUGGCUAGCACUGAAUGCAAUUGUAAUUUUACUACAGUUUGCACACAGGUAAAAUGUCACGAUCAAGCAGCCCUGCCUCCAAGUGUCUCAAGACAAUUUUGUAGCCAGGAGAGAGGAUCAUCUUCAGAAAUAUGUUAUUUUCAAGGAGUAUUUUUAAACCUAUGUGCUGCAAAGUCAGGCUUUUAAUCAGAAUCUGUACAGUGAGAUCUGGCUGUUAAAGGAAAACAAUAUUGGACAUUGUCUCACUUAUUAAUUGCCAGGGGCAUAUAGAUGGUUUACUGUAUAUGUAAUAUAUAUUACAUUCAUAUACACAUACUGUUCUGCAAGGAGGUGAGAAUACCCAGCAUCUAACCUCAGAAAGAGGGAACCUUUCUAUCCUAUUUUACAUUCCAACUGAAAUAACUGAGCAUUAUUUCUUGUAGGAGGCACUAUCACUUAUACCUCUGGGAAACAAGUAAUUACUUUCAGCUGUAUCUUCAUUUCAGUAAACAACUUGUGAGUGGGCUCUGUCAUUCUACUAUGGUUUUAUUUUUUAUCAUCCCUGUUUCAAGUUAGUCUGCCAAAAAAUAUCACUCAUUUCCACACUUGAAGAUCCGUACAAAGCUGUCAGCUGUUCCUUCCCUGAAUGUCACCAUUUCAUUAAUUUACUUUGGGAUAUCAUCAUCUGCAGGUAUGAUAGAGUUCGCCUUGCUGAGGAAGAAUCUUUUGCUCAUCGCUCGUUUUUCUGAGAGUUAUUAAGACUUCAGAUGUUUACGCUUAGCUUUUUUUUUUUUUUAUCCCCAGCUGCACUCUUACAUCAGCCAAGGCACAUCAGUCUUUGUUAGAACUGGAGUCACCUCUUGGUUCUAUUUUUCAGCCCCAUUCUCCCUCUGCCUGGCUGUUGGCUAUAAUAUGCCCCCCACUUUCUGGAAGUUGCAGAAAUCAAAAUAAUAACUCUCCUUAGCCAGAAAACAGCCACCAAUUGUCCAGUUUCCCCACCCGUAUUGGUAACUGAAGUUACCAAUCAUCCUUCUGUGCACACCUUCUAGUGAUGAGGUUAAGAAUCAGAUGUUUCCUAUCGUUCAAACAAUUCCUCAUCAGGAAGCAGCCCCGGGUAACACACAUGUGACAAGGGAGAAGCAGAAGCACCCCAGCAAAAGGACACAGCAGGGGACAAGCAAACAGAGCAGUGCAGCUGCCUGGCUGCCCACAGCCAGCCCUUGGGACCCCUCAGCCACGGCAGCAGAGCAGAGGUACAAUCACUGUGCCCUGUUUUCCCAGAAAGCUCAAGGCAGCCAUUCCUUCCUUCUGUGACAGACUAGAAGCAUGCGUCAAGUUUGGGAAAAAAAGUUACCCUGUACUUUUAGUGCUUACAACAGGUCUCAGCUAUGAGUGACGUUCUGCUUACUUUAAUUUAAAAGCAAUUUCCAGCAGUAAAGCCAGACUCACCAAGUCACAGCCUAUUGAACAAUCUCCCCAACACCCAUAAGGAACCCUCUUCUGGACUUGCACCAUUGACAAACACUGCUUAGGUUUUGGGGCUUUUUUCCCCUCUUUGCUGAUUUCCUCUUCUCAACCUCAGGCCCGAACUGCUCCAUGUUUUGAGGGGAAGUGCUUAGGACAGCCUGGUGUGUGAAAUAGCAAAUAUCUUCCAAAAUCUUACACCCCACCUUUAUGCAUCAACCUGUGUAGUGUGGGGCAUUUAGCUGUGCAGGCUAAAUUGAAAAUAAUGUAUUACUUAUGUGCAUUUUAUGGGGCUUCCCAAUCAAUUCCAUCACAGCAGCUUCGCCCCCACUGAAGGGUUUUACUGCCGUGCUAACAAGCCUUGACAAUUAACAGACCCACCUUGGCCCAAGACAGAAAUGUCAAACGUUAAACUGAGUGAGUACCCACACCCAAGCACCCCAUACCUUGGGGUAGGAGACUUACUCUUGGUGUUACACUCGCCACAGCCUCAAUGCCCUCUGCCUCCUGAGCCCACGCUGACCUGUCCACAGUCCUGCAUUCGGUCAUUCCCUUUCAACUCUCUGUUCCUUUCCUACAGUUCCAGGUUAGAUGUCCAGAUUAGUUCUUGCCACAGCUUAUGUGCACACAGGUGCUCCUGCUGACAGCUCAGUUUCCACCACUGAGAAGCAGCAUAACAGAGUGAUGAAUAGAUUAAUAAAACAUUGAUUUUUUUAAAGCAAGAUAAAAGGUAGACAAGUCUAUUUGUAGUGAUCCCUGCCAUUAAAAAUUAACACAGAGACAGCAGGCUGAUGAUGGCUCAGUUGAUGAGCAAACUGUUGUGCAGCAGAGCUCCCACAGAAGGCAACUCUCAUCAAUUUGCCUGAUGGUGGUGUAGGGAGAAGAGAGAUCACAAACCCUCAUCCUGUGAGUCUCCCAAUAAUACAUGCUGAGCUCUUAGACAAGACUGCUAGACUUCAGCUAAACCUACAGAACAAACAAAAUGAAAAACAGAGACUGAAGACAAGGAACCACAAAGCAUGAUAUAUAAUAUUUUUCCACAGUUUAGGUGUCUUUAUAACAAGCUCCUGCCUCAAUAUUCUAAAAUAUGUAUCUAUAGGGAGUAUAAGCACUAUUCACACUGUAACUCCCGGUCACUGCAACAGAAACAUAUGGCACUAACUACUGAAAAGAAAGAGGAAGGAAGAAAAACGGAAAAAAA